AUGGGACGAGGUUUAUGGGAUGUGUUAGGCAAAUAUAGAGAACCAGUUGAUAUAUCUGCAUUAAAGAACAAGCGUAUAGCCGUAAAUGGUCAUUGUUGGCUGUGGGAAAUUAUGAGAGGGAAUGUGGCUAAUUGUUCGUCGACUUUAAAACCACAUUUAAGUACAUUUUAUAAUCGAUGUCAAGCGCUUAUGGAUUAUGGGAUUGAGCCAGUUAUUGUUUUCGAUAAUGUUGAGAACUCUAUUCGUCACGAUCCGCAAAACAACACCGUUUUGAAGAAAGAUCGAAAGAAUCGUAGUGGCAUAUGGGCGAAGGAACUUAGGCUUGAAAUCAUUAAUCAAAUACGCGAAAUAAAAAUUUUAUUGAAUGCAAUGGGCGUGCGAUUCAUGGCAAGUAAGUUAGAAGGAGAAGCCCAGUGUGCGCAGUUAGAGCAAAGAGGCUUGGUUCAUGGAUGUAUAACGCGCAGUAUCGAUUAUAUAUUAUUUGGUGGGACUAAUCUUUAUCAGGUGGAAUUCAGUUCUUCAGGGCGAUCAAUCCAUAACAGUAUUCUAGUUCUUUCAAUGAAUCGUAUUUCGGAUCAACUUUGCAUUAAUCGAUCAGCUUUAAUCGCAAUGGCAUUUAUGAUUGGAUGUGAUUAUUAUACUGGCGGAAUUCCUGGUGUUGGUGCAGUCUUAGCUACCGAAAUCCUUUCUGAAUUUUAUGUCAUGAAACAGGAUCAUCCUCAAGUUAUCUUGGAUAGAUUCAUAUCGUAUGUAACUGGAGCUGUGCCUGUGAGAGAAAUUGAUAGUGAUUUAAAAAGGAAAUUAAAAGAAAAAUGCCAACGAAAUCUCAUUGAUAUUCGUUGUUUACAUCCUAACACUGAUGCUUUCUCGAACUUAAUCAACGCUUAUUUCACUCCUAGUGUAAUAGAAUAUUCUCGUGCACAAUUGCCCAAGAAAGGCUCGAUUGAUCAUAGCAAAGUUCAGGAGUUCUUAUUGCGUGAAUGUAAUUGGGAUCCAAUGUAUGCUGAACUUGUUGAAAAUAAUUCACCAAACAAACAAACCAAAGACAGAAAUAUCGCAAUUUUACGGCACGAAUUAUCGACCGCAAUUUGUCAGGCGAGUCAACGUUCCUGCUCAAAACGAGAAAUUCUUGCGGUAGAGCGGCUUCAUAGUAUGGCUGCAGAAUAUCGAUUCGUUCCUAAUGUUGAAAUUAUAUCAGUACCAGCGACUUCUGAUGAUAUGAUAAAAAAUGAACAAAAAGUUGAAAAUAAUUCAAACAAUGCUAAUAAUCGACGCAGUACAAAGAGGAAGACUAAUAUGGUCAGUGCAGAUGAACCAUCUUCCAAAGUUUCUGCCAGAAAACCGUCUGGUAUCACCAGUUCGCCUCUUGACAUGAAAGAUGGUCAAAGACAAGCUACUACAGAUGUCGAAGACAAUUCAAAGGGUCUUGAAAAUGGCUUGUUAAAUACCGAUGAGGUCUCAUGUGCUCAAACACUUCAUGUAAUUCCAUCCAAAGCAUAG